AUAUUGAGUCAUGAAAUGAAGAUACACUUGUGUAUGCAUUUGUUGCUUUACUGUGCUUCGGAAUUAUGUCUUACUCUUGAUAUGGAGUGGAAAACAAUAGCAUUUACAAUAUUAGUUGUAAGUUUGUGUUUUUUGGCAAUACCAAUUAAGGUGGAUCCAGAUAAUAAUGAAGAUAUUAAACUUUUUCAAAAUUAUGUUGUUCGCUAUAAUAAAUCUUACAGAAAUAAUCCAUCAGAAUAUGAAGAAAGAUUUAAACACUUUCAGAGAUCGUUGCAACAUAUAGAAAGAAUGAAUAGUCUCCGAUCGUCACAAGAAAGUGCUUAUUAUGGACUCACUGAAUUUUCUGAUAUGUCGGAAAACGAAUUUCUGCUACAUACCCUCUUACCUGACUUACCAAUAAGAGGAGAAAAACACAUGAAUGCAUCGUAUCAUCGCAAGCAUCAAGUAUCUACCGAUCGAAUGAAAAGAUCAAUUAAUAUACCUUCAAGAUUCGAUUGGAGAGAUAAAGGAGUAAUAACUCCAGUACGUAGUCAAGGAUCUUGUGGUGCUUGUUGGGCUUUUAGUACUAUUGAAGUUAUUGAAUCAAUGUUUGCAAUAAAAAACGGCACUCUACAUUCUUUGAGCGUACAAGAAAUGAUUGAUUGUGCGAAAAAUAGUAAUUUUGGAUGUGAAGGAGGAGAUAUAUGCAGUUUACUCUCAUGGUUAUUAGUAUCAAAAGUUCAGAUACUUCAAGAAUCUAUUUAUCCGCUUAUAGGAAUGACGAGUACAUGUAAACUUGGAAAAAUGACAGAUAAAACAUUUGGUAUAAAAAUACAAGAUUUUACGUGUGACAGUUUCGUAGAUGCAGAGGAUGAGUUAUUGAUAGCACUGGCCACUCAUGGACCAGUAGCGGCAGCAGUAAAUGCUUUAUCCUGGCAAAACUAUUUAGGUGGAGUAAUACAAUAUCAUUGUGAUGGUUCUUUUGAUAAUCUGAAUCAUGCUGUACAAAUAAUAGGAUAUGAUAAAUCAGUUGCCGUACCACAUUAUAUUAUAAAAAAUUCAUGGGGAUCAAAUUUCGGAGAUAAAGGCUAUAUGUACAUAGGAAUAGGCAAUAAUUUAUGCGGCAUAGCAAAUCAAGUUUCAUCAUUGGAUACUUUUUAAGAUAUUUUUAUAAUUCAUUAAUAUAAAUGAAAAUACUUGAA